GUAUAAUUUCGUUUGUAAUUUCUGUGCAGUGUACGUCUGCACGGCUUCAGAACGAUUUCACAAACCUCUGUGGCAUGCUUUCUACUGCCCUCUGCUGCCAGUUUUUCAGAAAGAUCAGAUUCUGGGCAAAUCCACAAGCCUUCUUCCUAAACUCAUGCGGUAGGAAAGUUUUCGGGUACUCUCCGUACAGGCAGCUGAGUGUGUGGAAAGGCCUUUCUCACCACCAAAGAAAGAAUUCCAAGACAGUACAAAGCAAGGAAUUGACAACUCAUAAACUUGAGGGAAUGCUGUCAGAAGGGUACCUCAGUGGACUUGCCUACUGGAACGACAUUCAUUGGAACUGUGCAUCUUAUAAUGAACCGGUCACUGGAGAACAAGGCAAGGAGAAAAGUUCUGUUGCUGCUCUUUCCUAUUCCUCUGUGAAUGAAACACAGGUCCAAAGUGUUUAUGUGAGCUGCAAAUCCUCCAGCAAGUUCAUCUCAUCAGUGCAUGCGAGAGGGAGUCAACAGGGCAGAAGCCAGAGCAGAACAGUGUUGCAAACAAACCCCAACCCUGUAUUUGAAAGUCCAACCUUGGCCACAGUUGACAUUUGCAGAGAAGCCAUCAGAGAGACCUAUUUGGUUCCACCUUCUUGCAAAAGUAUUUGCAAAAAUUACAAUGACUUACAUAUUGCGGGAGGACAGGUGAUGGCCAUUAACUCAGUAAUGGCAGAUUUCCCCUCAGAGAGCAGCUUUGAAGAUGGCCCUUUGCUGAGGUCGUCUGAGAUUCCUUUGCCCAUGGAGGACUCCAUUUCCAUUCAGCCCACUGAAUUUCCCCUCAAGCCCAUCCAGCGGUACUCAUCCUACUGGAGAAUAACCAGCAUCAAAGAGAAAAGCAGCCUGCAAAUGCAGAAGCCUAUUUCAAAUGCAGUGCUCAAUGAGUAUCUGGAGCAGAAGGUGGUGGAGUUAUAUAAGCAAUACAUUAUGGACAAUGUGUUUCAUGACAGUUCUCCUACCCAGAUUCUGGCAUCAGAACCCAUCAUGACAAACGUGGACCAAAUUAGCCUUCAAGUUUCUAGAGAGAAGAAUCUGGACACCUCAAAAGUCAAGGACAUAGUUAUUAGCCACUUACUGCAGUUGGUCUCAUCGGAGAUCAGCACCCCUAGUCUCCAUAUUUCUCAGUAUAGCAGUAUAAUACCAUAGAGAAGAUUCCUGCCAGUUCCUCUUGUUCCUAUCAAUCCCUAAGCAAUACUGUAUUCAUUUAUUCAGAGGAUGUGAGGGAGGGAAUAAUGGAAGGGAAUUAAGGACUAGUGAAGGAGUGUUUGAGAAAUCCCCAUGCUGAAGGAAUACAGGAAGAGGAACCAUGAGGAAUGGUCUCAAGGGCAGGUUUAUACAGAAAUAGAGUAAAAAUGAAAAAUGAUCACAGAGAGAAGGAAGGGGUUACAAGGCAGUUGUAGGCGUACUGAAAUGGGAAGAUAAGCCCAAUCAGGAACAAAAGGAAACACUACGGCUAACCUCUAAAGCCAGCGGGCUUCAGGAUCAGGGAGUAAACAUGUGUUUCACAGUCACAUAAAUUGUUCUAGGCUGUUUCUUCUAGAAAGAAAUGAACUACAGGAAGGUUGUUAAAUUUGGGUGGACUAACAUUUUUCCAGGUAUAAGCUUGUAUCUUUUUUCCCUAUUCUGUAUCAGUAGGUCAUUUAGGUCUAUCUUUGUAAAUAUUAAAGAUAUACCAAAUGAAUUACAAUUGUUUACUUUUUUUUGCAACAAGGUUCAAUGUAGUUCAGGCUGAUUUUGCAAUCGUUAUAUAGCCAAAGAUGUUGAAUUUCUUAUCCUCCUGCAUCCUUCUCACAAGUGCUGGUAUUAUAGGCAUUUACCAUCUCACAUCUGGGUGUGUUUUUGCUUUUGAAUGAAAAGGUACAGUCACAAGACAAUGACUUAAAUCCCCUAAUUCUAUUUAGUGAUAGAGAUAGCAUUUUCAGUGGAAAACCUCCCUCUGCAAGCACUGAAACAUUUUUUUUUUUGCUGAAUAUAAUUUUCAUGGUGCUGUAAUGUUCAAAGGGAAUCAUGAAUAUUUUUCCCAUUUUUUUUUCAUAUGUUCUUUUGACCUGGAGACAGAAAAAGGUCUUCUCUAUGCUCCAUAAAAGUCCUGGGGUUCCAUAAUAUCAAGUUCUGUAUAUCUGUAUACUAAAACAGUAGCUUCGUGUGUACAUUACUGUCUUAAUCUUCUUAAUCUUUUAUUCAGCUCAGGAGCUGGAAAACUAUGACCUAUCGGUCAAAUCUAACUUUAUGAUAGUUUUGAACUCUUGUGAACUAAGGAUGGA